AUGCCAUCCGCAAGGCGGAAGAAAACUACCGGUCAUGGGGGUUUGACCUUUGUUAAUGUCCAGCAUCCCGACGAUCUCAGGCUCAAAUGCACGCAGACCGUGAUACGAAGCGGCGCGAUGGCCGCAAUUGGCCUGACGCGACGGAAGCGACCUAGGCCAGUCACCGUCGAACUGGAAGUGAAGGAAGACGCGCAGUGUGGCCAAGAUACCCAUAGAGAUUUGCACGGCUUCGUAGCUAGACGGUCCACUGGCUCGGUCAAUGCUGAACCAUGGUUGCCGAGCAUUGCGGCGGCACUUCCUCACCUAGGCCAUUUCGCUGUCGAACCCGACAUGAGAGCACGGGAACUCCUUUCAUUCAUGGAGGGAGAAGCAAGUUACAUCUACCGACCCUUCCGGGCCGAAUGGUUCAACAUGGCCGUUUUGGAACCCAGCGCCUACUAUCUCUGCCUAGCCAAUGCGGCAGUAUUUCUGAAUCAGUUUCUCACGGGUCACGGAGCACUUGAGUACACUGAUUGCGUUGAAUCUUCCAAAUACUAUGGCCUGUGUCUGAGCAAGGUCACCGGGCAGCUCGCCGACCAAUCCCGUGGCAUCACUCAAGGUUUGGUCACGACUGUCCUUGGCUUUGUUUGUCAUAACCUGAGUCUAGGAAACUGGGACCGUUGCGACAUGCACCUUGAGGGACUGGAGCGUAUUAUAAGUGCGCGAGGGGGGUUCCACGGUUUAGGUCCUUAUGUUCCAUACUUUGCUUCUUGGUGA